CGCCUCGUACCGUUGCCCCUCCAGACUUACGAUUCUACAAACUCCCUCUCCGACGCUCGCAUUCUUUGAUACCAUCCCAUUUUCGACUCUCAACGCUCUCUAGAGAUAUUCUCGAUAAUGGAAGACCCGCCGUCCGCUGUUGAGGUUCCUCAUGUGUCAUUCAAAAAGCGCAACGUUAAAUCGAAGAACAUUCGAAAACGCGAAGCCACUCCUCCACAGACCGAUUCCGAUUCCGGCUUUACAUCUUCAGAAGACGAGGAGGGGAGACAAAUAAAGCGAAGACGGAAGAAUGCCGGGGUAACAGCGUCUUCUGCAGAAAUCCCUAAGCCUCGGCCUGUGGUGGAUGAGCAGACACCUGCCGCAGUCGUCGUGGCGCCCACCAACAAAGACGAUGCCACCAAACGUUCAGACUGGUACGAUGAGGAGGUCGAUAAGAAAGCUGAAAGAGGCUCAGUCAAGCCAACGGACCCCUUGGCACCAGACGGCACGUACAAGGGAGCCGCGAACUACCAGUCCUUCAUCCAGAAGAACCCCGAUCGUGCUGGAAAGCAAGUUGGGCCAGUCAAAUCUUCGAGUAAUGUGAGAACAAUUACUGUCACGGAUUUUGCGCCGGACGUCUGCAAAGAUUACAAACAGACUGGCUUCUGCGGGUUUGGGGACAGUUGCAAGUUUCUUCAUGCGCGAGAAGAUUACAAGCAAGGCUGGCAGCUUGAUCGGGACUGGGAGAUUGAUACAAAAGGAAAGAAGUUGUCCGGAAAGACCGUGGCCUCUGCGAACCGCAACGGGCAGUCGGGCCAAGAUGAUGACGACGAGGAGGCCCUUCUCGAAAAGAUACCCUUCGCCUGCAUUAUCUGCAAGAAGCCUUACACAAAUCCAAUAGUCACCAAGUGCGGGCAUUAUUUUUGUGAAGCGUGUGCUUUGAAGCGUUAUCGGAAAGAUCCUUCUUGCGCUGCCUGCGGGUCGGGCACGAAUGGUGUGUUUAACACAGCGAAGAAACUGAAUAAGUUGCUAGAGAGGAAGCGGGAGCGGGAGAAGUUGAAGAAAGAGAAGGCCGUUGAAGCGGGCGAGGCGGUGGAUGACGAUGUAUAACGGGGCUUAACGACUGCUCGACGUCUGUGAAAGUUAAGAGUUUAGCAUAAAAGCCUGCGGCUCAUAGCUUUCAAUGUACAUCCACGAGAUGAUCGACAAAUAUUCUCUCACUAGAUCAGAUUGUGCUCCCGUGCAGUAGAUUACAAGCAUUCCGCCUUGUUGAUAGGCGGUUCAUGUUUCGUGGCUCAAUUAAAACAUAUAUGAUGUGCUCCACCGUAAC